AUGUUAACAACAAGAGAGAACAAGAUGGCUUUCAAGCUUUUGACUCGAAGCGUCCUUUGCAGCCAGCCUGUAACCACAGCGCGAAUCAUUCCCACACGGAGGUGGAGUAGUUCCAUCUCGCAGCCGCCGGGAUCAGACAGCAUUCGAUUCCCCGGGGCCGUGAACAGCACGUUUACCUCGGAGAUGGCCUUCCUCAAAGCCUCAGAUCUACCUGCCAUCCCUACCUACCGUGUGAUGGACGCCGACGGUCAUCAGGUUAAUAAGACGAGACUAGCACCCGAUGUUACAAAUGAGGAGGUGUUGGCAUGGUAUAAAAACAUGCUGUCUAUAAGCGUUAUGGACGUGGUGAUGUUUGAGGCACAACGACAGGGUCGUCUGAGUUUCUACAUGGUAUCCGCCGGCGAGGAAGGCAUCACAGUUGGAUCCGCCGCAGCAUUGACACCAGAUGAUGUAGUCUUUGCGCAGUACCGCGAAGCCGGCGUAUUCCAACAACGGGGAUUUACACUGAAAAGCUUCAUGAGUCAACUCUUCGCCAAUUGCAACGAUACAGGCCGUGGUCGAAACAUGCCAGUCCACUACGGACAGAACUAUCCUCGCAUUGUCAGUGCUACCCAUCUCUUUGCAGCAAACAUAUGUUCCCUAACAUCAUACAUCCAACAGCACACAAUCUCAUCCACCUUAGCCACACAAAUCCCCCAAGCCGCUGGCGCAGCCUACGCGCUGAAACUCCAAGACCUCCAAACCCCAAACCGAGACCCACGCAUUGUAGCCUGCUACUUCGGCGAAGGAGCCGCCAGCGAAGGCGACUUCCAUGCUGCGCUAAACAUCGCCGCAACAAGGUCCUGCCCGGUCGUCUUUAUAUGCCGAAAUAACGGCUACGCAAUCUCCACUCCAACCAUAGAGCAGUACCGGGGCGAUGGAAUCGCCAGUCGCGGCGUAGGGUACGGUAUCGACACGAUCCGCGUAGACGGCAACGAUGUCUUCGCCGUAAACGAAGCCAUGAAAGAAGCGCGUCGACUGGCCUUAAGUGAGGGCGGACGACCCGUGCUAAUCGAAGCCAUGAGCUACCGUGUCUCACAUCACAGUACCAGCGAUGAUAGCUUUGCGUACCGUGCUCGCGUCGAGGUUGAGGAUUGGAAACGUCGUGAUAACCCCAUUAUUCGGCUGCGGAAGUGGCUAGAGAAUCAGGGAAUUUGGAGUGAGGAGCAGGAGACGCAAACACGGGAUGAGAUUCGCAAGGCCGUACUGAAGGAGUUUGGCGAGGCGGAGCAGGAGAAGAAGCCGUCGCUUAGGGAGGCCUUUGCGGAUAUUUAUGAGGAGAUUACGGAGGAGCAGAGGGAGCAGAUGGCGGAGCUUAAGCGCAUUUUAGAAACCUAUCCGGAUGAGUAUGAUCUGCGGCCGUAUAAGGAUGGAAUCAAUGGCUUGGAUUGA